ACACACGCAGAAAGUCUUAUUCUCUUAGUGUUCCUAUAUUAAGACCUUGUAACUGUAAAAGAGUGAUACAUUCUUCCACACAGCACAGAGAGGCAUUUAUUGCUACAACAAUAAAUAUUUCAUCUUCCUUGCUAGUAAACCCAAAAAACACUUCAUCACCCACAAGAGAAAAUUCUCAUCUCAGACUUACUCACAUCAUUUUUUCUCUCCCAAUGGACCUUCCAAGUCCUUCUGAAACUGAAACUUCAACCAUCUUUUCUGUUUCAGAGAGUACACCAAUAUGCCUAAAACAAAAACCCUCAUUGGAAAGCCCAAAAGAUCAGCAAGAAGAUCAUCAAGAACACCAGCAUGCAGACUCAAAUCCUGAUCUUGUAUUGGAUCUAAGUCUUUCUAGCAAGGAUUCCCAUAAAGGGUCGAACCCAGUACUCAACCUCAUCGAUUCUUUUGAUGCAAACUCAUCGGACUCUCCUCCUCCUCCUCCUCCUCCUCAAGGUAAUGAAACCGAGCCCCGGGUUUUCUCAUGCAAUUAUUGCCAAAGAAAAUUUUAUAGCUCACAGGCACUUGGAGGCCAUCAAAAUGCGCAUAAAAGAGAGAGAACACUUGCGAAAAGAGGUCAGAAAAUAACUUCUUUAUCAUCAUCAGCUUUUGGAAACCGAUACCCUAGCAGCAUGGCUUCUCUUCCUUUGCAUGGCUCUUUCAAUAUUAAUAGGUCACUUGGGAUAAGGGUGCACUCUAGGAUUCAUAAGCCGUCUUAUCAUUAUCAACAGCCAAUAUCAACCAUUGGUUCUACUUCUUCUUCUUAUCUCUAUGGACAAAAUGGUUGGUCUAGACAACCAAUUGAUCAACAACCAGCAAUUGGGAGUCUUGUACAGGAGAAUUUUCAUGCAGGAUCGGCUACCAAUGGUGUCAGGAUUGCACGAUUCGAUAGCGUUCAAGGAGGCUUGUUGUGGGAUAGUAGUAGUACAAGUGUUGCUGCUCAUUUGAACUUGAAGACUAAACAAGAUGAGUUGCAGAAGCUUGACUUGUCUCUUAAGCUCUAAAAGUAUUAGUUCAUGUUUCUGUCUUUUCAUUUUUCAUUUUUUCUUUUUUUCUUUUUUGGAGUCUAAUACUUUACUUACUGUCUUUUUCUUCAUUGAUUUAGAUGUGAUUUUUCAUUUUUCAUUCUUAUCUUUUAGUUGCAACUUUUGUAAAUGCUUUUUGGUCACAGAACAGAAGGAGACUUUUUUGUUUGCUUUGGUUUUGCAAUUCUUUUACCUGGAAAUUAACUAGUGAACUAGUCCAUGGGUUUGGU